UUUUUUUUUUUCCAAAUUGCAAUGAAAUAGGUUAUUUAAAUAUUAAGUAACUUUAAUCGAGAUAUAAAAAAAAUAAGUUUAUAUUUUAUUUUAUUUUUUUAUACAUUAGAUCAAAUAUUAUAUUUUUACAAAUAAUAUCCCAAAUAGAGGGUUUUAGUAGGUGUUUUAGCGUGACACCGAAGAUACUUUUUGUAGAUGUUUUAGCGUGAAAAAUUACUUUUUGUCUGCUCCUAAUCUUUUAAUCCUAAGUUAACAAACUACUUUCUUCGUAUAAUUUCAAUUUGUUGGAAACAACCAUUAUUAUUAUUUUUUAUCUUAAAUAACUUUAAGCUUGUCAUAUAUUUUAAGUUAUAAAUCGUUUGAAGUCAUGUAUUUUAACAUGUGUAACAUAUUAUUAUAUCUCAACAAAUUUUAUUAAAGCUAAUUGCGUAAACAUAUAAAAUCGUUGGAAAACCUUUUAAUAUGGAGAACACACCAAUCACGUUAGUUCGAUGCCGAUACGUGCCGACGCUUAACUCAAUAACUCCCCUUUGGGCUUUCCCCCUCCAACUCCAUCUCCGUCUCUGCACUUCUGCCGUCGAAUCCUUCAAUGGCGGCCCUCAUCCGCCUCUUCAAACCCCAAUUCUCAUCUCUACUCAGGCGAUCACUUUCCUCCACCACCACCACUGCCACCGUUUCCGAAAUCCAGCCUCAACGUCAACGUUCCAAUUCUUCCAUUCUACCGCCGCUUACUGAUGAUCUCAAGGGUUCUAAGAAUUUCCAGUGGGUGUUUCUAGGUUGUCCCGGCGUCGGAAAGGGAACAUAUGCCAGUCGACUCUCCACUCUUCUCGGUGUUCCUCACAUCGCCACGGGUGAUCUCGUUCGUGAAGAGUUAUCUUCCUCUGGUCCUCUUUCUCAUCAGCUCGAGGAGAUAGUAAAUCAAGGGAAGUUAGUUUCAGAUGAAAUCAUAUUCAACUUAUUGUCGAAGAGACUCGAAGCUGGAGAAUCAAAAGGUGAAUCAGGAUUCAUUCUAGAUGGUUUUCCACGAACACUAAGACAAACUGAAAUUCUUGACGAGGCGACGGAAAUUGAUCUAGUGAUAAAUCUGAAACUGAGGGAAGAUGUAUUGAUUGAGAAAUGUCUGGGACGAAGGAUAUGCAGCGAAUGUGGAAAAAGUUUCAAUCUGGCUUCAAUCAAUGCAAAGGCAGAAAACGGUUAUCCUGAAAUCACCAUGGCUCCGCUUCUUCCACCUUCACAGUGUUCAUCGAAGCUCAUUACUCGUGCUGAUGACACUGAACUAGUUGUCAGAGAGCGGCUUCGUAUCUACAAAAAACAGAGUGAACCAGUGGAGGAUUAUUACAGAAAGCAAGGGAAGUUAAUGGAGUUUGAUCUUCCCGGCGGGAUCCCGGAAUCAUGGCCAAAGCUGCUGGAAGCCCUUAACCUAGACGACUACGGUGACAAAUGGUCAGCGGCGGCGUAGUUGACCGAGUUUAUGAUUAUGGAAUAAUAAAUAUGGAUACCAAAAUAUCUGUCAAGUAACACAACAGGUGCAGGUGGCUAUCCAAGUUAUGAAUUUAUACUGUAAAAAUUACACAAAUGUUAUAGAACAGUGAAUUUUGGCACUUCAUUCUUAUUGUAUUUCUUUUAAAAGUAUACCCUAGUGAAUAUAUUUUUUUCUUUUUUUUUUCACUAAAUGUCAGUUUCUACUAAAUUUGACAUAUAUUUUUUUUGAUUUUUUUUUUUUUUUUCUACUUGUGAUUUUAA